UGCGUCGAAUAUGGCAGAAUCCAUAAAGAAGUCAUCUCCCGUCACCGGUCAGACGGCGACCUUCUUGCUGACCAAACAGGCGGAACAUCUUGCAGAUGACCAUCGUGUCAAGGUUGCUGUCAUUGGUAGUGCGCCCAAAGGCGUUGCGGUCGCUAUAGCGAUUUUAUUCAAGGUUGUGCUGAAUAUGUCCUGAUUGUCGGAACGGCCAGCAGAACGGAUACCCACGAAGGGGUGAGAAGGGAAGAGGAGCAUGAAGGAAAGCAAGACGCGAAAGAUACGGCCGUGCUGUGCUGUUGCACCUCGCGUCGCAGCUUGGUAGAUCGCAUCAACGAGAUCAUCGCAAAAUACGAACGUACGACUAUCACGGCCUACCGUCCACCCCUGUGGUAUUUCGCAGCGCCUCGCUUCUGAACUCGUCCUCAUAGACGUGAACGAGGACCUCGCCAAGGCGGAAGCAGAAGACAUCAGCCACGCGGCGGCGUAUCUUGGCAAUCCGAAGAUUAUUGGUACCAAAGAUUACGUUUGUGCCAGAAAUGCCGCGAUAUGCGUGAUCACAGUUGGAAGCCAGUCUGAUGAGGAUCAGGAACCGGCUGAUUAUCUGGAGCAUAAUCUGAAAAUUUUCAAGGAUAUCAUUCCGAACGUCUGCAAGUACGCGCCGUGCAGCGUUCUUCUCAUUCUUUCAAAGCCAGUCGACGUCAUGUCCUACGUCGCUAUGAAACUGUCGGGAUUCUCAUCCAAUCGUGUUAUAGGAUUGGGAACAUUUCUGGACAGUUGUAGAUUUCAGUAUUUCAUCGCUCAGAAACUUGGCAUUUCGACAAGCGCAGUUCAAGCGUUAAUUAUCGGCGAGAGCGGACCGGCUUCGGUGCCAGUUUGGUCCGCUGUUGCGGUAAUGGGCAUGCCUUUAAAGGAAAUAAAUAAAGACAUCGGCACGGAAACGGAUCCAGAAUCCUGGGAAAAUUUACAUACAAAAGUUAUCAAUACCGACAAUGAAUUAAUCACCAAAAAAGGUUAUCACAGCUGGGCAGUUGGCAUCUGCGCUGGCGAAAUUGUCGAUGCUGUCGUACGCAACACUUGCGCCUGUUUCACAGUUUCCACAUACGUAAAGGGUUGCCAACAUGGUCAGGAGAAAGAUAUAUUUAUGUCACUACCGUGUAUAGUAGGAAGAAACGGUGUGGAGUCAUACAUUCGUUUGUCGUAUACACCCAAGGAGCAGGAGUUGAUGACAGUGUCUUCCCAAAGAAUCUACGAAACACAAAAAACGAUCCUUGACAAGAUUGAAUGAAAACGACGCAUAUUCAAGAAUCUGAUUUUAUAUAUAACAACUGUAUUUAAUUCUAAUUUCAAAUAUUAAAAAAUAUUUUUGACAAUUAAAUACGUUAAUUGUAUUACUUA